UCACCUGAGUAGUUUUCUGUGCGAUUGCUUUGCAGCCGGAUCAGAAAGUUCAGCUGCAGCCUGAUGCGUCUUUUUCUCUGGAUUAAUCGGUGCUGAUGUCUGUUGCUCCUAAUGCAGCUGCUGAGUCACAGCGUGGGACGUCAUUAAACACAAUGGAGAUGUCAGUGACUACAGGUGGCCCGGGGAUGUCUGGUCACCGCCAGCGGUCGGUAAAACGGAGGAGGUGGGGAGGUCUAAGGCAACAGUGGAAACUUCUGGGCUUGUUUGAGAUCGAUCAGGAGCAUGAGUUCUACAACCUGACCUGCAUGAUGAAGGAGGGCUUGGCUGCAGCAAUCCAAAGCACCAUUGACAACGCACCAACAAAUGAACUGUCAGAUGAUGAUUUCACUUUAGAGGUCACACAGAUUCAUAAGGAUUUUACAAUGGAGACAUUUGCCGGCCCAGUGUUUGCCAGCCUGCGUGGUUCUUUGGGAAUGACAGAGCAGGAGUAUCAGCAGUCGCUCUGCUCUGAAAACUGCUACCUCCAGUUCAUCAGCAACUCCAAGAGCAAGGCUGACUUCUUCCUGACAAAUGACAAACGCUUCUUUUUGAAGACCCAGAACAAAAGGGAAAUCAAAUUCCUUCUGGCCAACCUGAAGAUCUACAUGGAGCAUCUGAGGAAAUACCCACAUUCACUGCUGGUCAAGUUCUUAGGUGUUCACAGGAUUCAAAUUCCACGCAGGCGCAAGAAAUACUUCAUUGUUAUGCAAAGUGUGUUUUAUCCAGAUGAUCGAAUCAAUGCCAGGUAUGACAUUAAGGGCUGUGAGGUGAGUCGCUGGACAGAGCCCGCACCAGAGGGAAGCCAGAUCAUUGUGGUUCUCAAAGACCUCAACUUUGAAGGCCAGUUCAUUACGCUGGACCAGCAGCGUCCCUGGCUUCUGCGGCAGGUGGAGAUCGACACACAGUUCCUCCGCAGGCUCAAUGUGCUGGACUACAGUCUUCUGCUGGCCCAUCAGCCCUUACACCACGAUGAGCGCCACCAGGGUCUCUCCUUUGCUACACUCAUCAUGAGAACCAAAAAGUCUGUGAAUCCAGGUUCCAGCCCUAUCCACGCAAACAUGGCUGCUGUUCCUGGAGCAGUCAUAGAAGAUGACUCCACCCUACCUUUAUCUGAAACAGACAGCGGUUUAAAGCUACCACACGCAUGGGGUGCAUUGAGUUGUGGCUCUCUCCAAACAUGCAGAGUGCACGCAAGGCCAGGCAGUGGCACGGCUGAGCUACCAGACUUCAAGACCCAAAACCGACGAUUACUGCCCAACUUGAAGAAUCCUCUACAUGUCAUCGAUGGCCCUGAGCAGCGCUAUUUCAUUGGCAUUAUUGACAUUUUCACAGUUUACAGUUUUAAGAAGAGGUUGGAGCAUUUGUGGAAGAGGCUUAGACAUCCUGGCCGAUCCUUCUCUACCGUCAGUCCACAGACUUACUGCCUCAGGCUAUGUCAGUGGGUACAGGACCACACCAAGUAGACCCUGAACGAGAGGUGGAGACUUGCCACCAACUCUCAGGAAGUCCAAACAACCAAAGUUCAUAGACAUGCACACAUUUAUCUGAUUUAUGGUUCCAAUCCUUUCAUCAUUCUACAAGCUGAAAAUGUAAACCUGUAGCUGGGAUUAGGCGUUAGUCAUUUCUGAGCCUGCAGUAGACACUUGAAACACAAAAAAAACAUUUAAAUAUUUGGUAGAGAAACUAACCAACAUGAUGAGACAGAUGGUACACAAAGAGUGAUUUCAUUCAAGCUCACUAAAUUUAUUUUCACAUUUUCUUGCUGUAACUGACAUGUAUGAAAUCUGUCUAACAGGUAAAUAGAAAUAAAAGAUAAACCAGUGUUAAAACCCACUUGGUGUCCAAAUUUAAGAAUUCUACUCCAUCCAGUCACCAUUUCCACGGCUGCCCUGUGACCGCUAAUCCUACUUCAAACAUUACAGAUUCAAAUUCUCUAUUUGGCUGAACUUGCAUCGUAACACUUUCUCAGAUUCAAAGUGUUGGCACAUGUGACAAAGCAUGUAGUGUAAGAGGAAUGCUGUGGGAGCAACACAUUUUCAGUAAACUUGACAGAAAAUACUGGCAACUGUGGUCACUCUUGUUGUAUUUUUACAGUUACUACUCGAAUGUAAAUAUACAGUUAAUUACUGUAAAAUGUACUGCUGCAUUCUACUGUAGAAUGUAAAGUUUACUGUCUAAUAGUGUCACUAGACUUUCCAAUAAUACUCUAUUUGUAGUGCCGCCACUGUAAUCAACAGUAACUCCACUUGUAGGUGCGAAAAUUACAACAUUUUCCUCUUUUAAUAUUCUAUGAAUAACAAUGUCUUCAUUUUUGUGAUGCACAGUGAAGAUGUACCAACUCUAUAUAAUGUUAAAAAUGGAUAUAGCACUGAAAACACCUAAAAUAAUGAAGAAUAAAGGAUGUAACUCAGGUCACCAUUCUGAACAGUGCUUCCCAAACUAUUGUGCCAACAUAGUUUGUUAAAUUCACACAGUCAAUUUUAGCCUUAGCUUGCUGUUAAUUGUCACGAUCAUUUUGGGCUCCAAAAAAGCAUCCGUAUUUUUGAAAAACAAUACAUUACAGUUAGAAUUUGGCUGUUUUUGAAUGAAUUUGUUACAGUCAAGUGAAAACAUGUAUCUGAAUUUAUUGAGCAUGCAACAAAUUUGUUUGCUGAACUUCAAUGAUUAUUUUAAUACUUUUGCAAGAAAAUUGUUUAAUAAGUCAUAUUGUGCACUUAAACAUUUGGCACAAAUGUUCCAUAACAAUGCAAGAAAUAUGUUUUUCAAUAGUUAGUAAAAGAGUAGUUUUCCCAAAUAUGGUGGAGGAACAGGGCCCAGCGUGACGCGUCAUGAAAAGGAGAGAAACCUCCUUUCUUUAAAAAUAAAUAAAUAAAUAAAAAAGGUUCUUAUGAUGUACUUCAAUAGAGAAAAGUAUUUAAAAAAGCAUCAAAUAUGCUUCAUAGGCUUUAUGUGCAGAUGUCUGCCUGCAUGUACACGAAAAGGCGACUAAGUGUAAACAUGUUUUCAGAAAUGUCUGCAAACUUCUGAGAAAGUCAAAAACUGAAAUCUGUCAUCUAUGAAAGUAUGCUUUUUAAAUUAUGUUUUCAUUCUUCAGGCUUUGUGUAGAACAGAAGGUUGCCUGUAGUUUCGUGUCCCUUAGUCUGGCUGAAGGUAGCUUGGGUCAAUAAGCUAUAAUUUAACUGUAUAGAAUCUGUGAUGCCUCAGUAAACUCUCUGUAAACGAGAUUCUCAUGCAAGCAUUUAGCAUUUAUCAGCAAAACUCAUUUCUGUGAUCAGAUAUUAGCGUCAGUAACUGCAAAUUCCCGCUGCCAUGCUGUUGUAUGCAGGGCCCAGCCAAACCACCACCACUCAAACUCCUCUACCCCCCACCCAUGUAACCCACUAUGAGAACUGCUGCAUGCUCUACUCUAAGUGUCACUGAAACUCAAGAGCAAGUUGGAAUGUGUUUUACUGAGAAUAACUACAAAGCAGCUCAUAGAGCAACAACAUUAACAAGUUAUCUGCAUGCAGUGCUAUGUAGAAGUUUAAGGCAAUAACAGUACAGUGACAAUGCUUUUCAAAAAUAGUGCCACAAAUAGUUUUUUAUUUAUCAGCUACCCUCAUACAAAGUGCAAAUUGAUAUGUUAUGUGACCACUUUUGCCUUUUAAACUAUGCCUACCUUGAGGCCAUACAAUUUUUCUUCUUGUUGCUCAAGAUGGUUCAUUAUGACUGAUUGCAUUGCCUGAUAGUUGAGAAUCCCAACAUCUCACAAAUUCACAAAGCAUUUCCUUUUAGCAAAUUACUUAUUUGAGGACCUUAUAGGGGCCACUAAGCCCGAAAGAGCUGGACAUACUGUGAAGCAGAUGCAGGCAUGGACAGCAGAAAUUCACAUCACAGACUCACAUAUGCCUAAAAAGUCAGACGACUUGACCUGACCAGAGUCCAGUUUUCUUCAUGUGUGGGCUUUUUACUUCCAGACUGUUUCAUUUCUAGUGCUGUUUGUCAUGGAUUUAAAAAGAGUAGACGCCCUGUAAUGUAUGAAUCACAUAGUGCUUCUUUAUCCAGCCAGUUACAGAGUGGACCUUUUUAUUUGACCUUUAUUUUAGCAGGUAAAAAUGUUUGAGAACCAGUUCUCAUUUGCAAACAUGACUUGGCCAGAGUGACCUGACCUCAGUAGAGUGUGAUCAAUAUUCCUGUUGCCAAGGCCUUUGGCUGCUAAUUUCCCCACAAGUUAGCCUACCCCAGUGAAUGUACAGGUCUUUCAUGCUUUCUUUCUGUCCAUUGCUACCAAAGGAACACUUUACUAAUGCUGAAAUUGUUUUGAUUUUGUUUUUACCCUGAAGUUGACCUGAGAGUUUCUCCAGUACAAAACAAACAGUUUGUGUCUGUUCCAUUGCUGUCACUUACAAUAAUGUUGAUAAAGUAUUUUCUGGGAAGAAAUCCCCAGUUCAACCACUAUUCCCUGCAGAGGUACAUCUUGAUUUUCCCCUUUUGUGUUUUACUGAUACAAUAUAAUUAAAUGUAGCUGCAAAGA